UCCUCACAUACUCCCUCGUCAAGUUAAAGGUUCAAAUCUAUUCAAAUCUAAUCAGAAGCAUCACGAUCGACCUGUGGUCAGACUCCAUGAAUUUGUGCCAUAGUGUCCCCUAGUCCACAUAAGCUAUGUGUCAAGUUUGCUCUGAUACUAUUUAUAACAAUCCAAGACCUCAACCAAAAUAGCUGGCCGGAAGGUAUAUUUUUUGAGUUCCUUAGUCCUAUAUAAGUACACAAGAUCUCCUCGAUGAAUAACUGAUGAGAGACUAAAUAUACGUUUGUACAGGUUCUCUUAAUUUCUCCUACACUUUAGAAAGCCUAGGAGAAGAGAUGGGCCAUUCCUUGAGGAAAAAAUUGAAAAGAGAUUAUCAUCAUGGAAAGAAAAAUUGCUCAACUUCACCAUCCCGAUCUACUUGAUGACAUCGUUGCAGCUGCCCGCAGGCGUUAUAGAUAGAAUUGAUAGAAAAAGAAGAAGCUCCCUUUGGAGGAGGGACAGCACAUGCGGCGGAGGACACUCUUUGGCAGAAUGGGAUAAUAUCUGCCGGCAGAAAAGACUGAGAGGACUUGGAGUACUUAACCUACGACUAAUGAAGCACUGCGUGCUCACAAAAUGGUGGUGGAGAUUUUAUACUGAAACAGAACGACCUUGGAGGAAGCUCAUCAACCGUUUAUAUUUCACCCACAAAACUCCUAGCCAAGCAUCUAAAACCUCAAUCAGGAAGGCAUCCCCAGUAUGGAAAAGUGUGGUGAACACUCAAUCGUGGUUCUUCGCAAGCAUCUUCUUAUCACUAGGAAACGGUAAUCAGAUAGCUUUCUGGCACGAUCCUUGGUUAACGAGAGAACCAUUGAAGGUGGUCUUCCCUAUCACGUUUGCUUUGACUAGAAAACCAGACGUCUCGGUGGCCUCAUAUCUACGACAGUCUGAUGUUUGGAACUCAAUGUCGCCAACGACAAAUGGACGAGGAAGAGAGGAACACCCUCUUAUGAGGAAGACAAAGCUGAAUGGAAAUGGAAUGCUGACGGAAUCUUCACAGUUCGAAGAUGUUAUCAGUUUCUCAUACAUGGUGGGAUUUCUUCCCAUUUUGCAAAAAUCAACUGGAAACUCCCACAACAUUCUACUGGCUAAGUUACCACAACAACAUUUUGACGGCAGAGAAUCUCCAAAAGAGAAAUUGGACUGCACCGGCUACAUGCCCAUUGUGCGGAACAGAAGAAGAACCCGUCAGCCACCUAUUUCUAAACUGCAGGUAUGCAAAUUCAAUUUGGCAGAAGUUCAGCAUGAAAAAUUCCAUGUCCCCUUUGCCACUUACGAGCAAGGAAAGGUGGACAAGGAGGAGAAAUACAGAUCAAAGGGAAAGGAAGGCUGCUGACAUGGGAUUACGCAAUAACCUGCUGGUGUCUAUGGAAGGAAAGAAAUCUAAGGAUAUUCGAGUUUGAAGCUACGUCCACCGGGUUCGUCAUGCAGAAGAUUUUAUUCCUACUUCAAGACUGGACGUCAGUUACUGAUCGAGGCAUUGGAAACGACAUAAAGGAAGUCUGCAACAACAUGUAACUGGAGAUAUACAUAAAUGCAGGACAACAAAGCACUGAACAGAUGAGAGUGGGAAGGAAGAAGAGUCACUUAAUAAGCACUGAGAUGGAAAGCAAUACACACAAAAUACGCAGUAGCAGCUGAUCAUAUUAUGUUUUGAACUCCAAACUAAUAGCAGACGACAUUCGGUUCCCCUCUUCUGCUUCUUUUUUUCUCUCCGCACUCAAUGAUCAUGAACCCAUCUUGUAAAUAACUUCACAUCCAAUAAAAUAAAGG